AUGCCUGCUCCUAAAAAUGUACCAAAGCUUGUAUUAGCUGCUGCCGUCACGUCAAUUACCAUAGCAGGAACUCUUUACGGCGCCAGCGUCAAGACCGAACAAGAGGUUACUCAGACUGUCCAGAAAUCUCGAGAAGCUACAGUUGACGAACGAAUUGCGUCGCUACGGGCUAUGCGACAGAACUUGACGUCUAAGAAGGAACUUGUCGAGAGACAAAUCGACGACCUUGAGAAAAGAAUUCAAGAGAGGGCGCAGAAGGGCCACGGCGAGAAAAAGGAGACACCCCAUAAUGGGCGGUGA